GGCGUCUUUUCAUCUUCCCUUACUUCCUUUCACCUUCACUUCACAUUCCCUCUAAAGCAGCAAUUGAAACAACCGCAGAAACGACAAGUCCCCUUCUUUAGAUAGUGCAACUUAUUUGCUUACUUUAAUUUGCUUUAAGUUCGUCGGUUCGCCUACCUGAAGAGUCCUACUCCCCCAGCUCCCCUCGCCACUUUCUUGAGCUUCACAGCUCCAGCCAUGGCUGACACGGCGCGCCCCGAACAAGGCAAAAAGCGGGCCCGCGAGCCAUCCCGGUCUCCAUCUCGAUCGCGGUCAAGAUCCCCUCCCCGCCAGCGAAAGCGUCCCGGCGCUGCCUCCCGUCUCACCGCCGCUGAACGCGAGGCUGCUCGUCAGCGACAGUUGCAACGAGAGAAGGAGGAGGAAGAGAAGGCUCAGCGAGUCGCUGCAUCGCGAGGCGUCCACGAUGUCGUCAAGCAGCACUACAACUUAGUUCCCCAGCGAGGCCGAGAAUGGCGAGUCACAGACAGCAAGAUCAAGGGGCUUCGGAGCUUCAACAAUUGGGUAAAGUCAUCUACGAUUCAGAAAUUCAUCGGCGACGAGCGGCAUAUCAAAGUGCUCGAUAUUGGGUGCGGCAAGGGCGGUGAUCUCCAGAAGUGGCAGUCUUCGCGGAAGCUGGAGCUGUAUGUUGGAGCUGAUCCUGCGGAUGUCUCCAUCACCCAAGCUAGGGAGCGAUACGAACAGAUGCGCAAGAGGCUAAGGCGGGGUCAGCACAUCUUCCAUGCUGAGUUCUAUACCAAGGACUGCUUCGGAGAGUUUCUGGGCGAGAUACCCAUCAUCAAAGAUGUCGGGAUCGAUCCUGGUGUUGGCCCAGGCAAUGCAGUCAGUCAGCGUUGGGGCGGCGGCGGGUGGGACAUCGUCACCAUGAUGUUCUGCAUGCACUACGCGUUCGAGAGCGAGGAGAAGGCAAGGGGCAUGCUGCGCAACGUAGCCGGAGCCCUGAGGAAAGGAGGCCGCUUCAUUGGAUGCAUACCGAAUUCCGACGUUCUUUCGGCCAAGGUCAUCGAGCAUCACAAGGCGCAAGGGACUGGAGUCGGCAAUACCAACGGAAUUGCAGACGAAGAGGAUGACCGGCCAGCGUUCGCGAGCGACGACGACGAAGAUGACUGGGAUCCAGAGAAGAGCCUGGACGACCCAAAGCCCCAAGAAGGCGAGCCGGAGAAACCAAAGGACGAAAAACAGAAAGCCAAGGAAGCGCAGGAAGACGGAGAAGUCGAGGAAGAGGGAUUCGAGUGGGGAAACAGCAUCUAUAGGGUCAAGUUUCCCGGAAAGACACCUCCAGACGGCACUUUCCGACCGCCAUUUGGCUGGAAGUAUUUCUACUUCUUGCAAGAGGCUGUGGAGGAAGUCCCCGAGUACGUUGUGCCAUGGGAAGCGUUCCGUGCUCUGGCCGAAGACUACAAUCUCGAGCUUCAAUAUCGGAAACCCUUCAGAGAGGUCUGGGACGAGCAGAAGGACGAUCCAGAGCUUGGUCCUCUUAGUGAGAAGAUGGGCGUUCGAGAUCGCGUGACUGGAAAGUUAAUGGUGUCUGAGGAGGAGUUGGAUGCUGCCGAUUUCUACCACACUUUCUGCUUCUACAAGGUGUAGUCUGGGGUUUGAGGCUUCUGCUACCGACUGAAUGUGGGGCUGCUUUUGGAACCGGUCUUUCAAAGGUCGAUUUAGAAGUGGACCGUGGUGCCUUUGAACAUUUAAAUUAUCUUGAGAUACCUGCAAAACUCGCAAUAUUAUUU